AUGUCUGUAUAUCAAGGUGGUGGUUGCGUAGCCAGUGCAAGUAAUGCACGUUUGUAUUUUGAGGAUGAUCAGGAUCGCAAGCAAAUCAGAGCGUGCUGUGCUUCCAGCAGGGAUCUACAGUGGAUCAAGGUUGACCUGGAAAGAGUCAAGCAGAUCACAGCAGUAGCAACGCAAGGUAACACAGAAAUAGUAAGUAGUGAUUCGAACGUUAGCCCUUCGUCAGAGGGCAAACAGUAUUUAUUUAAAUCUAUCAGUGGUUUAUCAUAAAUCCUGCAAUAUGAUUGCGGUUGUAAGAUACAAGAGCUUUUUAAGCCUUGUCACUUUACUCACCGUCUAUCAAGGAUUAGAUAACGAGUAG